AUGUUCGGAUCAACUGCGCCUCUCGAACUGCACCAACCAUCGGCCCCCCGCACGCCUCUUCCUCCUCUCCACCGCCAACUGACUGACAAUUCUUCUGAACCACCACUUCCAUCCUCCUCCUCCCCCGCCACCACUGCCUCAACGGCGGCCGCUCAGGCAGCCGUCUCGCACAUCAACAACCGCGACACAACAACCGGCACCACCCCCGCCUCACCCGACUCCAGCUAUGAGAAUCAGGACUACACCUGCCCUCACUGCGAUCGCACCUUCACUUCCCGCAUCGGCCUGGUCGGUCAGUUGCGAAUUCAUCGCACAGAGACCGGCGAACCAGUGCCUGGAGCACCAACCUACACCCACCGCACUCGCCUCCACUGCCCACACUGCCCUCGCACCUUUAGGCUUCGCAUGGGUCUAUUCGGCCGCAUGCGUAUUCACGAGAGCGGAAUUGACCAAAAUUCCGACACGCCAACCACGCCCAUCAUGCCCAGCACCACCCUCGCACCGUCCAUCUGCGCCACCACCAACGCCUCGUCUGUGGCUGACACUGACACCGCCGAAUCCACAUGUCCACACUGUCCACGCACAUUCACCUCACGCAUCGGCCUGGUCGGUCGCAUGCGAAUCCAUCGCACAGAGACCGGAGAACCAGUGCCUGGAGCACCAACCUACACCCACCACGCUCGACUCAACUGCCCACACACUUUCGGGCACCACAUGGGCCUAUUCGGCCACAUGCGCAUCCACGACGACCUGCGGUAUACAACCGCCGGUUACACCACACAUCCACACACUCUCUACCCUCCUCCACCAUCACCAACACUCACCCACCGCAUGCACCAACUGCCACCUUCCAUGCAAGUGCGAAGUGUGCAUCUCGACUCUGUCCCCACGCGGCUUCGGCUACACGGGUGA